GAAGUAAAUCUCCAUUGUCCAAGCAACGCAGUAAUCGGUCGAAGCAUAUGAUUGCUACAAAAAUUAGUACUGUUUCUUAACUGAAAUUGUGAAUUUAUAAUGCGGAUGUGUCGUGCUACCUCGUGUGAUUCAUCACUACCCUGAUAUGGGCCAACAGAGUACCAAUAUGAUAUAGUGAUUAUCUUGUUCAUGCAAUUUUCCACGUUCUUGACGACAGACAACUACAAGGUGUUAGUCGGGAUGAAUGGGAAGUCUGGAAUUGCGAGUUUUUUAUAUGCAAGUCGGCUAAGCUGUGCUCAACAAGUUGUGUUUCGUCAUUUGUAUGUUUGUUUGAAAUAUAAGUCGAAAGAUUGCAUUGAAGGUAAUGAGGACAUUUAGCGCUGCCAAAAAUUUAGAGUAAAUAGCCGUGGUCACCUUCUUCAAGAAGCAACUUUGAUCAUAAUUUCUUUGACCAGUCUUCAUCGACUCACCGUUAAGCAUGUUGAGAGCUGCAGUUUGUGCUUUGAUUUUUUCUGCCUUCAAGAAACUUCUCGCAGUCUUCAUUUAACCUUCUAAACAUCACUAACAUCGGAUAAUGCAAAGGCCGAGCAUAGACGUCAUUGUAAUAAAUGCUGCAUUUUAUCUUAAGCAACAAAUUGCAACCUCGCGUCAAUUUUCGGUAAUAUGACAUCAUUAAACAUGCGUGUUUAAUGCAUCAAUGGAGACUUCUCAUAGACGACAUAACCGUUAAGGAAUCUUUAACCUUCAAUAUCAAGUUUCA